CGCGUACACACGCCGACGUAGUCGGCGAGGCGACAAGUAGGGGAACUCGGCGGCCUAGUGCGACCUCGGCGGCUGGCGUGCGCGCGGGCGGAGGAGAAUUAUGAACCAGCGACGUUUCCUAGCGUGCCGUCAUUGUCAUUAUCAUCACCAUCGCCGUGGUCAUCGUCCCGCGAUCGCCGGCUGCUCCGCCACGAUUGAAGACUUUUGACACGAGUGCACCGACCGUCGCGCGAAUCGUCGUCGUCGUCGUCUUCGUUGCCAUCGUCAUCGCCGUCGUCGUCGCAGACGAGGGCACACUAAAGCCGCGCGGCUGAGUCCCGAUCGGCAAUCCCGAUCGCGAUCGAGAGAACUGUUUCCAGCUUGCGGGCCGGAAUGAACGGCUUCAGCACCGGCGAGGAGGACUCGAGGGGCGCGGCGGAUCAGAUCUGCUGCCUCGUCGACGAGGGUGAACGGUGCUCCCGUCCGGCCGGCAACGCGUCCUACAGCAAGCGCAUUCAGAAGACCGUCACACAACGGCGACUCAAGCUCAAUCUGGAUCACAUGGCACGGCACAUAUACAUCUGUGAUUAUCACAAGCAAGUGAUUCAAUGUGCGAGAACUAAGCAGCAACAACAGCGAAGGCGCAAGGAUUCUGAAGAGGACUCGGGUGAAACUGACAACGACCUCCCAGAAGUCGACCUCUACCAACUGCAAGUCGGCACUUUGAGGCGGUACAAGAGGCACUACAAGGUUUCUACCCGACCAGGUCUUAACAAGGCUCAGUUAGCAGAUACUCUCAUGAAGCAUUUCAAGACCAUCCCUGUCGUGGAGAAGGAAGCUCUGAGUUUUUUCAUCUAUACAGUUAAGACCAAUGCGAAUAAGUUAGACCAAAAGAAUGGUUUAAGUAGUAGCGACACGACGUAACAUUGUGUAGCAACAGUGUGUAAUAUUAAUCUAACGUAAUUUAAUAUUAAUUUUUAAUUGUUAUAUGUAUUAUAUGUUAGUAAGUGUAU